AACGUCCUGUAAAGGGAGAGAGAGAGAGAGAGGGAGAGAGAGAGAGAGGAUCAGAGGAGGGGAGUGGGUUUGAAAGUGUAAGAGUGUAAGUGUGAGGGGGAGAGAUGGGGAGCAGAAGGAGCUGCAGACAAAAACAAGCUGUCUUCCAUGUGGUGAUCUAAUCUCAGUUCUUGAAGGAUACUUUAAACUUUAUGCUGGACAAUAUUUCUGCAAGAAAUUCAACAAAAGAGGCUGCCAUCCUCACUCGGCGCUCCCCGUCCCAUCGUUGAGGUUCGCCCCCCCGGCUGUUUUAAUGAUGCAUUGCGACGAACUCUCAGCCAGAGAGGAGUUCACCUACAGCCACAUGCCCACCCUGGAGAGGGCCGGCGGGUCGCUGGGCAGACGGGGAGACAGGGGAGUGGAGAGAGGACCAGACAGAGGGGAGCGGUAUAGGCCCGAGAGAGACAGCUUCACGGUGGACGUGAGGGCCAGUGACCUGCAGCUGGCCCAGCCGGAGCCCCUAAAGCACCCCUGCUUCAGCUACAGGGCCUGGCUCUACAGCGUCCUCAUAGGGGGCAGUCUGCUCAUCACAUCUGGGUUCUCUCUGUACCUGGGAAAUGUGUUUCCGGUUGCCAUGGACUACCUUCGCUGCGCUGCAGGCUCUGGCAUCCCGGCUGCCAUCGCCAGCUUCGCUAUUGCCAAGAACAGACAUGUUGCAGUAUCGGAUUUCCAGGUGGUCUACGUGUCGACAUUUGCGGUGACGACCACGUGCCUGGUCUGGUUUGGGUGUAAACUGGUCUUGAACCCGUCUGCUGUCAAUAUCAACUUUAACCUCAUCCUGAUGAUUCUGCUGGAGGUGUUGAUGGCCAGUACUGUCAUCCUGUCAGCCCGCUCUGCAGAGGACUGCUGCUGCCACAGGAAGCCGGUGAUGUAUGACCGCUCUAUGGUUCUCACGCCUGCAGUGUUCCCCACUCGACUCCUUAAAGCCUAUUCUGUAAUUGAAGUAAUUGUUGGAAUUUCCGCUGUAUUCGGAGGAAUUAUUGCACUCAACAUGGACGCUCUGCUCCCCGGCCCCUACUUGUCCGUCACAUUUUUCUGGAUCCUUGUUGCUUGUUUUCCGAGUGCCAUCGCGAGUCAUGUUGUGUCAGAAUACCCCAACAGAUGUCUGGUGGAGGUGUUGAUUGCCAUCAGCAGUGUGACGUCCCCCCUGCUCUUUUCAGCCUCCGGCUUCCUCUCUUGCAGUGUGAUCAGCUUCAUUGACAUUUUUCUGCAUGAUGUGCCUCCAUCCAAGCAAUCCUACGACAUCCUGCUGCUGAUUCUGAUGGUGCUGCUGCUGGUGCAGGCAAUCCUAACUUCAGCCACAGUGGUGCACUGUGCCUCCUACAAGAGUCAGCUCCGCAUGGGGGCUCCCGAAUACGAUGACCGAAUGCAAACCCCGACCCAUUACUAUGAGCGAGCAGCCAAUGGAACGCUGCAGGAUUUUGACAAAGACAGAGCCUGGAAGGCAGUCGUGGUCCAAAUGGCCCAGUGAACAGCCCGACGGCACACGGAGACGUUCGGUGAGACGUGGAAACUCUGCAAGAGUAAAAUCCUGAGACAGAACACACUGGAAGAAAGAAGAAGCAAUAAAACGCUCUGAGAGAGACGGAGACAUGGCAAGCAAGAGAGAAUUGAGAGAGAGAGAGAGAGAGGGAGAGAGAAUUUUGAAAGAAUGUAUUUGUUUGUGAUUACAUAAUGCUUUGAGCUUUUUUUUAAAUGUGCAAUCCGUUUUCUGUUUGUUUGUUUUUUGUAUAAUUUGUGCUGCUCUCUGUAGUGAGCAGUAUUUGACAUUCUCUGAAGUUCAAUCAUUAUGUUUGACAUUAACAUUUAAUACAUAGUUUUUGUGAUGUCUCAAACAUAUGCGUACCUUAUUCCAUACAGUAAACAGCAUUUAUUCUGGACAAUUUAUGAUUGAUGAUAUUUUGUCAGCAUUAUAUUUCUUUUGUAAGCAUUAUCUUUGAGGUAGUAAGACGUAAAAUAUGGCAGACGAUACUUUUUGUUGCAGAUUUUCUUUCCAAAUAGUGAAGACUGACUUAUCUUAGCUCUCUCUUGACUGUAAGUUGUACUUUUAUAAGUAGUUGACCUCUUUGUGUCUUCUUGUACACAGUGGUGCGCUGGUGGUUGAAACUGAUUAUUACAAGAUCAAUUAUCAACCUGGAUGCUGCAGAUUUACUGAUGUAAAACAUCUGGACUGAAAUUCUGUUUUAUUAAAGAAAAUAAAUGUUGGCAUCGCCUCUCAGCAAACAUGUGAUGGUCCAAAGUUGUUAAAUGUUGCUUCAUUGAUCGAUCUGCAGAUACGGCAAGAAGCAAAAAUACAUUUUGUAUGAAACUAAUUCCCUCGACCAAUAACAUUCCAGGAAAUAUUGUUUGUGUAUUGAGUUAUUAUCCUAUUUUUAGAUGUCACGCAGGGGAUUUACUGUAUGUUCACU